AUGGCUUCCGCUCUGAACUCUGUGCCGGCUAGCAACGCGUCUGGCAAUGCCAACGCGGGUGCGCAGAACCCCGGCCGCUCCACUCUGAGAUCCAACAGUACCAAGGGGUCCGACAGUCGACGACAGUCGGGCAGCCCGGUUGACGGUGGACAACGGCGCACGAAUUCCCACAAGGCCUGGACCCAAGGAACCAACCCCAUCACCCAACGAUCUUCAUAUGCCUCAUCGAACGGUAACAUGACCCAGCAGAGGCAGGCUGCCUCCCCGAGGCCAAACCAGAAAGAGUCAAACACCCCCGACAGCCACGCUCAUGACCGCCUCGUAUUCUUAUUCGCCAGCUUCAUUGGCCUGACAACCACGAUUACUACCAAGUCCGGUGACAAGUACACCGGUAUAUUUUCCUCUUCGUCACUUGAGCCGAACGAUGUCUCGUUCCUGCUGAAGAUGGCGCAGCGCGCCUCACAAGACGGCCAGUUCCGUACAAACGGUGUCAGCGAUGCUGCAACCCCGUUCUUGGGAUCUGCGCCCGAGCAUAUCAUGUCCUUUGAGAUCAAGGAUGUCAUUGAUAUCGACGUGCCAAACGUAACUACCGCUGAGAUCUCAGCCAAGGAACCGAACGGUGCCUCGCAGGGUUUCCGAACCGACAGUGAUAUCUCCGGAAAUCUGGGCAUGCGCGAACGUACUUUGCAGCGCUGGGAGCCUGCCGAAACUGACGUGGACAUGUCACUUGAGACGAGCAACAAUGCGACUGGGUGGGACCAGUUCGAAGCCAACGAGCGUCUCUUCGGUGCUAAGACUAAUUACGACGAGAACAUCUAUACUACUCGACUUGACCGCAACGACCCUGCUUUCAAGCAGAAGCAGGUAGAAGCCGCUCGGAUCGCUCGUGAAAUCGAGGGACAAGAUGUGGAAAACUCCCACAUGCGCGAGGAGCGCGGUCUCGCAGCGCAGGACGCUGGUGACCAGGACGAAGAAGACAAGUAUAGCGGUGUACGACGUGAAGACAAGGCGUUCCCUCCUUUGCUUUCCGGCCAGCCAAACAAAUAUACGCCCCCUGGACGUCGCCAACCUACCCAGCCCAUCCCGGCCAGCGUGCCUGCUAAACAGCCCGCAGCUCCACCAGCCCCAGCCAUUCCCAUCCCCAUUCCUCCUCGGGCCCCGGAACAAGAAGCCGCCUCUUCAGACAAGCAAUCCGAGCCGGCCGCUUCCCUGCAGCCCCCAUCGGAUCCUGAACAAAAGAGCAUAUCGGGCAAGGGUGUCUCGCCUGCUGUCUCUACUGCCUCUACGGUGUCCACCACCAAGCGUCCUGGGCCUGAAAAUGCAACUGCAAAUGUCGAAGCAGAGGUGCUCGGCCAUUUCCGUCAGUUUGCGAAAGAUGAAAAAGCCAAGCUUCAGGAGCGUCGCCGGAACCAAGCAUCAUAUGAUCGAACCAGCAAGCUCAAUGAGCUGAUGAAAUUCUCCAAGAGCUUCAAGCUGUCGACUCCAGUUCCCAAAGACCUUGUUCCCAUUCUCGCCAAGGAUCGUAUUAAGCAAGAGGCCAUUAUCUCGCGAGCCCAGCAACAGGUCGACGACAAGGGCGUACCAAAGGCGACCACGCCUCCAACCGAACCCAAGGCCCCCGCUCGGGGCACUGGGCCUACUGGAGCUGUGCCCCCGUCUGCGCCUUCAGACCGCCAGUACAACCGUCCGCGCCAGGGCUACCCACCGACUGGCCCGCUUGCCGCGAGUGCUAGUGCGCGAUUCUCCCAGCAAGGCGUCCAGCCUUCACGUCCCGGUGUUGGUAUGCUAAGCCAUCGACUUGCUGAUAACCUGCAGCAGCGAAAGGGCCCAGGUAUGGGCCCUGUACCCAACCCACUGCCGAUCCAAGAUGCCCGUGCACCUCCUACUGGCCCUGCAAGCGAACAGCAGAGAGUCCUGAGCCCCGGCAAGCCACAGGCUGCCUCUGCUGCGACCAAGUUCAACGUCAAGGCUAUGGAGUUCAAGCCCAACCCAGCUGCUAGUACGUUCACCCCUGGUGGAGCUGGCGGAGCCCCUGGUCCUGCUCCAAGUGCGCGGUCUUUCUCGCGCAAUCGCUCCAUCUCGCGGGCGACGACGCCAACCGCUUUCUUCGGUCCGAGAAAGCCCCAGCCCAUCUCGGAACGACCCUCAAUCAAUGAUCAAUUCAACCCAAUCAAGCGCAUGAAGAAAGAAAAUGCCGAUCAGACCGAGAAGCCUUACUUGUUCAACGGAGGCAUUCCCCCACCUUACAAGACUAUCCCAACCUGGGAGGUUGCCGAGGGAAAUAUGGAGAAGACAUACGGCCAGAUGUUCAAGCAGCCCGUUGGCGCGCAAUCGGUGUCGCCUCAGGCUCGCUCAACCUCGAACGCCAGUAACGUUACCCACCAGGGCAACAUGCCUUUCCACUUCCAGCCAAACAUGCCCCCAGUCUCCGGCCCACCAAACGGGCCCCACAACCUCCACCCCCAGGGCCCUCAUGGACCGUCCCACGUGGAUGAUCAUCAUCGCAUGCAGCUCUCGGCAUCUAACUCUCAGGUCUUCCCCUCCCCACGUAUGCAGCACGGGUACCCAUCGCCAAUGGCUCCCCACGCCCAGUUAUCAUUUGGACAGCCUGUUCCUCCGUUCUACAAUGGCGGGGCCCAGCCCAAUCACAUGAGGCAUUAUCAGGGUGGCCCUCAGUUUGUGAACCCGCAGAACGGAAUGGGCGCUCCUAUGAUGGCCCAGCAGCACUCCAAUGGACCCUUCAUGGCAGUUCCUCAAGGCAUGACUCCGUAUAACGCCCAGAUGCCCAUGUAUUCCCCUUCUCCGGGCCACGCAUAUCCUCAUGUGCCUGCACCCCAGCCACACAGUGGAUACCCAAGUCCAAGCCGUGGUGCCCCAAUGAUGAUGCACCAGAACUCGCAAUCUGGUCAGCCUCCCAUGUUCAUGCCAGGCCAGAACGGCUACCCCCAGCAGUCCGGACACAUGCCGCCCAAUCGUGGAAACUUCCAACAGCAGCCUCAUUUUUCCUCAAGCCCGCAUCAGUCGCACCAUUUCCCACCUAACCAGCAUCGGACCCCCAGCAACGGGUUCAAUCAAAUAGCUCAAAUGCCGCCCCAGAUGCCCGCCAAUACCCCCAACUCCGGAGGAUCUCACUCUGCUGAGCCCACGGAUGAAGGAAAAUGA